AUGGAGGUCACACUUAGGUCCAUGCCCGCCGAGGUCCUCCUCCAAAUCUUCGAAUAUCUCCCCGACAAGUCGGAUGUGUCCAACGCCCGUCUUGUCUGCCGGCCUCUUGCUGAUGUCGGCCGAUCCGCUCUUGGUACAAAAGUAACUUUCGCUCUUGUGCCAGAGAGCAUUGCCCGACUGAAUGAAAUUUCCUCGCAUCCCUUCUUCAGCCAGCACAUAUCCACCAUUGCUUUCGUGGGGAACGUGUUUCGCCCCUUUUACAACUUCGACGACUGGAAGCGUGACAUGACGUCCCCAGUCCCAUAUCCAUCUGAUCUGCCAGCCAGAUUCUGGUUUUCAGAGGAGGAAUGGAUGGAGAGCUGGAGCUAUUACAAUAUGCUACUUGCUGCUCAGGGCACCGCUCUCAGGUCCAUGGAGCCUUCGCAAGACAUGGAGAUUGUCUGCAAGCGCUUCCCUAAGCUUAAACACCUGCAGAUUCGUUACUACAGUCUUGCUUUCCCGCCACCAUAUCAUCUGCGCAGCAACCAUGCAUUCCACUUUCUAAACACAAGGCACGGUGAUUUCAGAGGUUGCUUCACACCACCGUCCUAUCAGGUUGGAGUCUUCUCACCCAAAGUUGUAAUUCCUGGUGUUUUUAUGCUGGGCUCAUUGUUGAGUACCACCAUCGAGACCCAACUCAAGACUCUGUGGGUUGAUGCGCUGGGCAUCGAAAUGUUUAAUGAGGGGGGUGAGGUCUAUUCUCACAUGAUGAGAAUCUUCCCUAAUCUCCUCGUCUUGGAUUUGUGUAUCUACGUCAAAUUCGAGCGAGAUGGAUUUCAGGGGUGGCGGCCGGUCACUCAGAUUCUGGCCAAUAACCGAAUCAAAAGUCUCUUGUGCGCGGCUUCCAAUCUCGAAGAGGUGAACAUCACCUACUUCAGCGUCUUCCACGAUCUCGAGUACCCCUUCUACGCCGAAAUUGCGUAUUUUCUGCCAACAGAAACUGUUUGGCCUCGGCUGCGAAGACUCUACUUGACAAACAUCGAGGUAGUAACAUUCGUGUUCAUAGAAUUCCUCAGCGCCCAUAAACAGACGCUCGAAGUCCUGGGACUGGGAGACUGCCUCAUGGUUGACAGCCCGAGCCUACGCCAAAACGGUCGGCAUUGCAUUUGGUCAGACUUCUUCGUCCCCCUAGUCACCACUUUCCCUCUCGGGACUCUCUCUCUUUGGGGCCGGUUCAAGUUGAUCAAACCCCCGGGUAGAGGUCUAGCCGAGAACCCAAACCUAUUUUCCAACCCUCCAACCAUUUACACUCACGACGUGGUGGAAGGUGUGGAGGUCCAAGGUCAGGGGCUCACUAUCGGCACAACAAUUGAGAUGAUAGUGUGCUUACCCGAAUUCACUACUUUCCUAGAGCAUGAGGUCGGAGGUGACAAGGUACUAGCUGCGAGGAUCAAGGAAGAGAUCAUCCGGGAUUUGAUGGAUUAUUAUGUUCUGGAUCGCGAGGGGCAGAACAGUGUCGUUAUUCCUACCAGACAUACCGACUAUCUCAAGUCGUUUGCUUCGGGCGCCUGA